AGUAAAGGACGUGUUUAUUAUGUAAAAAUGAAUUCGUUAGAAUCAAGAAAACGAAAAGUGGAUUCAAUAUCACGAUACCAAAGCAAAAUGUUACGAGUUGAUGUUGAGCAUUAUUAUGAUGGUGACCAAAGCAGUACAAGUAAUGAAAAUAAACGCUCCAUUCUUGCAGAGACAUUGGUUGAAGAUAAAUAUUAUGAAAUUGAUAAUAAUAUUGCCACGAACUCGCAGCGUGCUAGUGGGAACUCUCUUCAGUCUUCUGCUAAUAGUAGUGAAAUAAUAGAUGGCACAGAUGAAGAAUGUUAUAAUGAAAAUUCGAACGUAAUUUCAAAUAUUAUUCGACAACAUAGCAAAGUAAAUAUUGAACGAAAUGAAAAAGUUUUCAAAAAGCAGCUGAAAAAACAUUUACGAUCUUUUAAGUUUGGUGAAAAUUCUGUGGUUUCCACUAAUAAUAGUAUAAUAUUAAUACCAUCACCGCUUAAAAUAAGUCAGAACCAAAAAACACAAGGAAAAUAUUCCAGCUAUUCCUGUUGCUGA